AUGUCCGUCGCCAACAACAGCAGCGCCAGAUCCCAACACACGUCAAAGAGCCCAGCGCCACCCCACGAUGAGGCUCAGGUCGCCAAGAUCCCGCACUUCCUGCCUCACGAGCGUGUCUUUCCCAUACAGAUAGGCAACGAGCUGUUCAAGCUCUCCGGCGCCUCCAUUUCUUCUGAUGCGCCGUCGUACUUUUCUCAAUAUUUUUAUUGUCAGGUCAAAAAGGCACAGGAAACCGGCGAGGACCUAUCCAAUGCCAUACACACCCUGUACAUCGACCGCGAUCCGCAGACCUUUGCCGACAUCUCCCUCCACCUGCAAGGCUAUCAUGUGAAGCCACGAGACGGCACGCACUUUGUGCGACUCUUUGCCGAUGCUCAAUUCUACAGCUUGCCCAAGUUGAUUUCACAGCUCUUCGAGGAGUCAAUCUUCAUCUCCAUCGGCCACCGCGAAUUCCAGAUCCCCCGCGACAUCUUCACCGACCCAGGGAACUCACCCAACUUCUUCUCCCUCGGCUUCGCAGUAUUCUUCUCCAACCCCGAAGAUCUGUUCCCCGGUUUGGACCGCGAAGGCCUCCUCCGCCCGCCCUCCAUCCUGCCGCCCUCUGUCUCGAACCGCUCUGCCGACACCUUUGCCGAGAUCCUACACCUCCUGCGCGGAUACCCGGUCACGAUUCGCAACGAGGCGCACCGCGCCGAGCUGCUGCGCGACUGCCGCUACUUCAACUUCAAAGGGCUGGAGCAGAAGCUCAUCCCCCACCACAUCAGCUAUAACCAAAGCCGACGGCGCGAGGAAAUCGUCCUGCGCCUGGAGGACAUCUUGAAAAGCGGCAUCAGCGUCGCGGCAGAUGUCUCGGCCUCCCCCGCCGAUCACCUCUCCGGCUGGGUAAACUACGCGCGCCCUUGGGUCGACGACCGCGCGGCGGAGCUGGUCCUCGAGAUUGGCGGUGAGAGCACCCGUCUCCACUUCCACGCCGGCUCCGGCUCCGUCCGCGCCGAGUUCUUCAAGGACACCCGCGCUCGCGUGGCGCGCCUCUUCGAGGUCGUGGCCACUAAGCUCAACCUCCCGCCCACGACCCAACCCCUCGGCCUCCUUAUGGCCUCGGGCGGCGCCGGCAGCCAACCUCCGACGCCGGGACACACCCCGCUGAGCGAGGACCUCGUGCGAGUGUCCAUCGACAGCGACACUUCCAUCACCCUCGACGGCAAGCCACACACGUUAGACUUUGAAGACCUGCAACUCGCAGCUGGCAUCAACAACAACAGCAACAACCCCACGUCCGCUGCCUCGAGCACCGCUGAAUCGCCCACGACAAUGACGGCGUCGGCGUUCCAGCCCAACUCGCGCAAGCGGAGACGGGUCGACACGCACGGCUUCGUGGCCGCGGGCCACGGCCAAGCGGCGCUCUCGGCCGAGGAGUGGGUGGUCCGGACGGGCCAGUGGAGGCUCAAGAUCCAGGGGUCGCGCGGCGGAAAAAGCUCCGUGGAGUGCGUGCUGAUAGCCGUCAAGCUCGACGCGUACAGCUCAGAGAACGCGAGGAAUGCCACCAGGGGUUUCUUGAACGGAUGA